GCAAUGUCGCAACUCUGAUAGAGAUAUACGGUGGAGAAAAUGAGCCAUUGAUUAGCGAAGAGUGCACAUUUCAUUUAAUGGAGCGACCCGGCAAGUGUGGAGUUAAGAAGUCUGACAAAAACAUAGGAUAUCGAUCAUUGUCAGCAUAUCCCGGAAGAGUCUUGGCCAGCAACGAACACAGUCUCAGGAUUCCAUGGAAGACGAAAUUCAUCGCAGAAAUUUUCAAAGAGCUGGAUAACUAUACGCAAGAAAUUGUUAAGAAAUUUGGCAAAGUGAUUGCUAUCACGGGUUCUGCUUACAAUGGGGAUUAUAAUGGCAAAUAUUCCAGACCAGAUCUGAUUUCGCCAUUACCCACGCACCUAUAUCGUGUACUCAUUUCGUGUGAUGGUGGCUGGUCACCGAGAGGCACUAAUUGUCAGAAACCGGAGCAGACAAAAGUCUUCGCCUUCAUCUUUCCUCACAUGGAUGGUGACCCGAAUUGCUUG